AUGAAAAUGUCUUUAAGAAUCAACUCCAUCUUACUUCCAACCUUUGACGAGUAUGGAGCUGAAGAGGAGACUAAUGGUGCACCUAAUCUCUUUCACAAGAUAAGAAUCUUUACACCAAAAGAUUCGGAGCUUAAAGGUGACCAAUCCAUUGAAGAAAAGCUUGAGAGAACUAUGAAGCUUUUCCCCAAGGCAUUGGUUUUCAAGGAUGAUGUGAUAGAUGAUCAUGGCGUGCCAAAACCACUACAAGAAGCCACUGAACCGGAGAAUGGAGAAGCUAAAGGGAUCCUUUGCCCUUCAGCCACUCUUCACCACGAUUGA